AUGUCGGGAUAUCCGGGUGCUGGUUAUCAAGGUGGUUACGGCGGACCACCUCAAUAUCCACCGCAGCAAAAUUACAAUCAAGCUCCUCCACAGAACUACGGACCACCCCCUCCACAGAAUUACGGACCACCUCCACCACAGUACGGCGGCUACCAACAACCACCACAACAGCCUCCCCCACCACAAGGAGCAUACGGAUACUCUCACCCUCCCCCACAGCAAUACGGCGGCUACAAUGGUGUUCCUACGAAUCAACCGCAAUAUGGCAGACCUCCUCCUCCAACCGUCCACCAGAACGCCUAUAUGAACGGCAACCAGAAUGCUCCACCUCCACCUCCCUCUGGCUUACAAAACUUUGGAACCGGCGCUCCUCAAGGAUAUGCCUUUCAGUACUCGAACUGUACCGGCCGGAGAAAGGCUUUGCUGAUCGGAAUAAACUACUUUGGGCAAAGAGGUCAAUUAAGAGGGUGCAUUAACGACGUGAAGAAUAUGUCAACAUUUUUGAACGAGAAUUUUAACUACCAACGGGACGACAUGGUUCUUCUUACAGAUGACCAGCAGAACCCAAUGAGUCAACCAACCAAGCAGAAUAUACUCAGAGCUAUGCACUGGCUCGUGAAAGAUGCAAGACCCAACGACUCUCUUUUCUUCCAUUACUCGGGUCACGGGGGACAGACCAAAGAUCUGGACGGCGACGAAGAGGAUGGAUACGACGAGGUUAUUUAUCCCGUGGAUUUCAGACAGGUGGGACAUAUUGUGGACGACGAGAUGCAUAGAAUUAUGGUUACUCCACUCCAAGCAGGUGUCCGGUUGACGGCGAUUUUCGACUCCUGUCAUUCGGGAACUGCUUUGGAUUUGCCCUACAUCUACUCCACACAAGGUGUCCUCAAGGAGCCAAAUCUUGCGAAAGAAGCAGGACAAGGACUUCUUGGUGUCAUUUCGUCCUACAGUCAAGGGGAUCUUGGUGGUGUGGCCAGCAAUUUGAUGGGUUUCUUCAAGAAGGCGACGACUGGUGACGAUGCAUACAACAAGACAAUGGCCACAAAAACGUCACCCGCCGAUGUUAUUAUGUGGUCCGGAAGUAAAGAUGAUCAGACAUCGGCUGAUGCAACUAUUGCAUCCAAAGCAACUGGUGCUAUGUCUUGGGCUUUCAUCAAUGCUAUGAAGAAGAACCCACAGCAAUCUUACGUUCAGUUAUUGAACAGCAUUCGCGACGAGCUUGCCACGAAGUACACUCAAAAGCCUCAGUUGAGUUGUAGUCAUCCUCUGAACACGAACAUUCUCUUCGUAUUGUAA